AUGGCCAACACCCGGGGUCUCGUUCCCAGAGUUACCGGCAAACAGCCAAUAUGCGAGAUCUCAGUUCCAAAGUUACCAGUGAACAUCCAGCACGCGGGGUCUCAUUCCCAGAUUAGAAGAGACCGACUGUUCUAUUCCUCCAAGGGCCCUGGCCCGCAGCUCCGGGUUUCCUGCUCCAAGGGCCCUGGCCCGCAGCUCCGGGUUUCCUGCUCCAAGGGCCCUGGCCCGCAGCUCCGGGUUUCCUGCUCCAAGGGCCCUGGCCCGCAGCUCCGGGUUUCCUGCUCCAAGGGCCCUGGCCCGCAGCUCCGGGUUUCCUGCUCCAAGGGCCCUGGCCCGCAGCUCCGGGUUUCCUGCUCCAAGGGCCCUGGCCCGCAGCUCCGGGUUUCCUGCUCCAAGGGCCCUGGCCCGCAGCUCCGGGUUUCCUGCUCCAAGGGCCCUGGCCCGCAGCUCCGGGUUUCCUGCUCCAAGGGCCCUGGCCCGCAGCUCCGGGUUUCCUGCUCCAAGGGCCCUGGCCCGCAGCUCCGGGUUUCCUGCUCCAAGGGCCCUGGCCCGCAGCUCCGGGUUUCCUGCUCCAAGGGCCCUGGCCCGCAGCUCCGGGUUUCCUGCUCCAAGGGCCCUGGCCCGCAGCUCCGGGUUUCCUGCUCCAAGGGCCCUGGCCCGCAGCUCCGGGUUUCCUGCUCCAAGGGCCCUGGCCCGCAGCUCCGGGUUUCCUGCUCCAAGGGCCCUGGCCCGCAGCUCCGGGUUUCCUGCUCCAAGGGCCCUGGCCCGCAGCUCCGGGUUUCCUGCUCCAAGGGCCCUGGCCCGCAGCUCCGGGUUUCCUGCUCCAAGGGCCCUGGCCCGCAGCUCCGGGUUUCCUGCUCCAAGGGCCCUGGCCCGCAGCUCCGGGUUUCCUGCUCCAAGGGCCCUGGCCCGCAGCUCCGGGUUUCCUGCUCCAAGGGCCCUGGCCCGCAGCUCCGGGUUUCCUGCUCCAAGGGCCCUGGCCCGCAGCUCCGGGUUUCCUGCUCCAAGGGCCCUGGCCCGCAGCUCCGGGUUUCCUGCUCCAAGGGCCCUGGCCCGCAGCUCCGGGUUUCCUGCUCCAAGGGCCCUGGCCCGCAGCUCCGGGUUUCCUGCUCCAAGGGCCCUGGCCCGCAGCUCCGGGUUUCCUGCUCCAAGGGCCCUGGCCCGCAGCUCCGGGUUUCCUGCUCCAAGGGCCCUGGCCCGCAGCUCCGGGUUUCCUGCUCCAAGGGCCCUGGCCCGCAGCUCCGGGUUUCCUGCUCCAAGGGCCCUGGCCCGCAGCUCCGGGUUUCCUGCUCCAAGGGCCCUGGCCCGCAGCUCCGGGUUUCCUGCUCCAAGGGCCCUGGCCCGCAGCUCCAGGUUUCCUGCUCCAAGACCCUUGGCUCACAGCCCCGGCCCCCUGCGUCUGUGGCACUAACUUGCUGUCCUGUUUGCGGCACAGGCUCCAGCGACGUGCGCGGCAUCCUGCUAGGUGACCCCAGUGAGAUGCUGAAGAAGGAGGCCGAGCUGACGGCGCAGGUGCAAGUGCAGGGCCCGCAGUUUGCUUUCUCCCAGGAGGAGUUUGGGAAGCUGAUUCUCCCAUCGCUGACAGAGCUCGACACCGUUCUCUUCCUCUUCACGCUGGAUGACGACCUGACGGAGGUGGAGAAGCUGGUGGUGCAGGUGAAGGAGAAGACGCCGCACGUCCAAGCGCUCUCUCACGCCACGGUGGGGCAGUACCUGCCGGCCUCCCUCAAGAAGCUGUUUCCCUCCAUAAUGAGCAUCACGUGGCCCAUCCUGUUCCUGGAGUACGAGGGGAACUUUCUGCAGAAGUUCCAGUGGGAGCUCAGCACCAAGUGGAUCCUCAACACAGUCAGCACCGGGGCCCACGUGCUCAAGGGCAAAAUCCUGCACAACCACGCGGUGGACCUGAGGAUCAGCAACUCCAAGCUCUUCUGGAGGGCGGUGUCCAUCCUGCAGGUGCUGGGGCAGGGCAGGGGCCCCGUGCUGACACUGCCCCUGGCUGCUUGAUGGGGGAGAACCCAGUUGUAGGAAAGGCAGGAGCCAGGUCAAUAGCAGGCUCAGGGGGACGGAUGCAUGGGGUGGCCCUUCUCAGGACAUUGGCACUGCCUCCCAGGGGCCUCAUCAGGGGUGGGCAGACCUCACAGCCCAGGCACCGACCUGCCCAUCCUCCACAUGCAGUGCCUUGCCUGGGCGCUUGAGUCUGAGC